GGGCCUGUGAGAGCAAAACAGAUCAGAUUCUGGUGAGAGAGAGCAAACACGAGUGCUAGUGAGGGAGAGAAGCUGUGUAAAUAAAAAACACAACCAUGUCUUCAAACAAUUCUUCAACACUUUCUAAUCCUCUUAUGUUCAUAGGAGAAAAUUACAGUGUUUGGGCUAUCAAAAUGAAGGCCUUUCUAAAAGGUAAUGGUGUGUGGGAAUCUGUAGAAGAUGGGUUUCAUCCUCCUAUGCUGCCAAACAAUCCAACCGUAGCCCAAAUGAAGCAACAUGCUGACUAUGUUCAAGCCUCAUACAAAGCCCUCUCAUAUAUUCACAGUGCUGUAAUAGAUGAUAUUUUCUCAAGGAUCAUGGGAGCAGAAAUAGCACAAGAAGCAUGGGAUACUCUUAAGAAAGAGUUUGAUGGCAGUUCUCGGGUUAAAGGUAACAAGAUUGUAACCCUCAAAAGACAAUUUGAAAUGCUGAAAAUGCAGGAGGCAGAGACAGUCCAUCAAUAUACAAAUAAAUUGAUGGAUGUUGUCAACCGAAUCAGACUUCAUGGUGAGGAAUUUCCAGAUCGAAGGGUGGUGGAAAAAAUUAUUUUUAGUGUACCAGAUAAAUUUGAGUCUAAGAUUUCUGCCAUAGAGGAAUCUUGUGAUCUCAAAGAGCUAACCAUCACUGAGCUUAUAAGCAAGCUUCAAGCUCAUGAGCAAGGGCUGCAUAUUAGUAGCAUCAGCAAAGCAGAAAAGGGAGGUUUCCUCCAUGUUGUCAUUGCUGAAAAACAAACCAUGAAGAAAAAGAUUGUUGGUUCAAAGGCAAAUCACAGAUUCAGUGCAGAUUUUGUAAAAAGUAUGGCCAUUUUGAGAAGAAUUGCAGGGCUAAGCAACAGCGACAGCAUCAAACACAACAUCAGCAAGCUCAGUAUAGACCAAAGCAACAACAGUUCAUCUCUGUCAUCUAGUAGCUGGUUUGUUGAUAGUGGAUGCACUAAUCAUAUGGCUCGGGAUGAAAAUUUCUUCAUUGAAAUGGACAAAUCAGUUAUUACAAAUGUCAAGUUAGGAAAUGGUAUUGUGGUGAGAUCACAAGGGAAAGGUACUGCUGUUAUUCAAACUAAAACAG